AUGAGUGAAGAUUCUUCCGAAUUAUCUGAUUCCUCUUCUUGCUCGAGUUCCCAUAACGUGGAAACGGUGGCAGUGGAGGUUCACGAGCAGGAGCCGCAACGGGCCAGGUCAAGUGCCCUGCCAACCACGCCUGUUCCUUGCCAAACACAGCGAAAACGGAAGCGUUCAGGCUCAAAGGAGCGCAGUGAAAAAAGGAGAAAACGUCUUGAAGAAACCAUACAUUAUUUGGCUCAACAAGUAAGUGGUAUACAAAAUUAUAUUGCAAACAGUAGCGUUGCUUUUCAACCUACAUGUCACUCUAGUGCUUACGUGCCUGACCAAGGACAAAACAUAGAUAUUGAUUCAGAUAUUAGUGCAGAUGUUAGUGGUGAACUAUAUACCCGUGAGAAUUGUACGCAGGAGCCAGUGCAGACUUCUGAAUUGCCCGUUAGUUUCAAUUUUUCUCUGAAUACUGUGUUGAAAGAACCAACAAUACAAAAGUCUUCUCAGGCUCGCGUAAAGUUAAUUAAUUCAAUACAACAUUUUGAUACUGAAGAUUGGAACAACGUACGCUAUGCAGAAGUGCAAAAGCAGUACUGUUCUGCUCCGGGUUUUACAUAUUUAGAGACUAAUGAAGAAAUCAAAUCAUAUGAUAAAUAUUCAUCUCUUGCGCUUAUUGAGCGGGGUUUCGCUGCCAUUACACAGGCUCUUAUUAUGCAAAAUGAAGCCGCACAGAGCGCUUUUACAGCUUUAAUUGAGUGGGCAAGUUUCUCGGCAGAUAUCAGAAAUUGUAUCACUAUGAAUGAGUUAAAUGGUAUCAACCCGAAUAUUUGCCGGCACCGAUAUCGAACCUGCGACCGCUGUAUGCAUUACACCAUGGUGAGUACAUUGCAACUA